AUGAUUCAUGCCAAGGCCAAUAGAAGAGGAAAAACGCCAAAGAAAUACAAAAUCGAUGAGGACAUGCUUAAAGAGCAUAUCUUUUCCUUUAAUCCUUCAGUUUCUCACUAUAAACGAGAACAUGCUCCAAACAGAUUGUACCGUCCUAGCGACUUUUCAGUUUUCUUAAUGUAUGAAGAUUUUAAGUCCAAGUUCCCAGAUACAAAAGUUUCUUAUGAUUCCUAUAGGGUUCGUAUUAAGGAAAGUAUAAUUUCGUUUGCAAAACUUGGCCAAGAGGAGUGUGAGGUGUGUGAGGAAUUUAAACUCCAUGGCCAUACAAAAGAUAACUUUCAAGAAAACUGUAUGGUUUAUGAUAAAUGGCAGUUACAUAUCAACCUUGCUAAGAAAUCUCGAGAGCUUUAUCAAGAGCAAGUAAGCAUGUCUUCUAAUGUCGAUACCGUUUUAAUCUCCAAAAAGUGA